AUGUCGAACAAAAUGUCGCGCCCUAAGCCGCCCCCGCCCGGCACCGAGGAGGCUUCGGCGACACUCAACCUGGGCGAGUUCCAGAACGUCGACACCCUCACCUUUUCGGAGGCGGCCCUCGUCCUCAACGCGCUCGUCUCCAAGCGCCGCAACGAUCGGAAAAACGUCAACGAGACUGAGAUGCUGAACCAGACGCUUAACUACCUGGACCAUUUCGCGCGCUUCACGCAAAAGGAGAAUGUCGAGGCGGUCGAGCGACUGCUGAGCUCGCACAAGGACCUCGCAAAGUUUGAGCGAGCCCAACUCGGUUCCCUCUGCUGCGAAAACGCCGACGAGGCGAAAACGCUGAUCCCGUCUCUGGCCGACAAGAUCAAGGACGAGGAUCUGCAAGAGCUCCUCGACGAAAUCUCCAAGCUCCAGAACCGAUGA